UUUCUUUACUCAAUGACAGUUAGACAUAGUUUGCUUCAAUAUACUUGAAUAUACUUCUAACUCUUUCAUACUGCUGCAUUGAGAAUAUUAAAAGCAUUUAUGCCAUUAUGAUAAAUUUUUAGAAAACAAGAUUUUAAAUAAACUUAAAAAAAAAACAAAAAUUUUUAAAUUUUGAAAAGAUGGUGAGUGAUUUGAAACCGGAGUGCUCUUUCUCCUCCUGGUAUCCAACGUUUAAGAAAAAUUCUCUGAAGGCUACAAUCAUUCACAUUCCCGACGAUAUUUUAAAAUAUCUGGAGCACGAUGCAUUUGUGUUACCUCUCGAAGCGACGAAAUCGCUACCGGAGAAUUCUGAGUGGAUUGAUGGUUCGCCGGUGACCGGUGAGGAAGAGGAAGCUGAUUAUCAACCAACAUUCCCUGAAUUCAGUCAAAAAAUACAGAAUGUGCUAGACGAAUAUGAUGCAAUAUUUAUUAAAACCAACUGGAGUUCACCUAUGGAUGCGAUGUGGGUUGCACCAACAAAGACUCUCAAAUGUAAGACUUUAGAAGAAGUCUAUUUGUUGCUAAAGAGUUCCGACAGAAUUGCUAAAGAUUUAAGUACCGCAAGAUCUAUGAGAGAUAGUGAGAAUUCUUUGCCAUUCUGCCUAGUGUUGAAACGAUGGUGGGAUAUUAAUCCUUGUACAGAAUUUCGCUGCUUUGUCGUGGACAACGAACUCAUUGCUAUAAGUCAGAGAGAUAUAUCGCAGUACCACAGUUCUAACGAGUCAGAAAAAUAUAGUAUACAGACAGACAUCAAGAGCUUGUUUUUGGAACGCAUCAAAGGCAGAUUUCCACUGCGUAACUAUUCCUUCGAUGUCAUACGACAUGAAAAAGAUAAGGUGAAGAUAAUAGAUUUUGGUCCAAUGAAUGAAUCGGCUACAAAAGGAACGCUCUUUACAUACGAGGAAUUACAAAAUCAUAUUAAUGACACGCCGGAAUUUCGAUUUAUUGGAGAGGAAAUAGGUAUUCAACCAAAGUCUCCUACGCGAGCGCACUUCUGCGUUCCGCAAGAGAUCAGCGAGUUUUUCCAAUCGCGCGAUAACGCCACAAUAUCCAGACGUUAUUUGGACAUUAUCCAGAGGGAGGUGGAGAAUCAACGAAAAGAGCAAGAGAAAGAAAACAAUGACGAAUAAAUAUUCAGAAAGUUCUUGAUGUAUAUACAACGAUAAUAAAUAUUUUUCUUACAUAUAAA